CACACGAGGCGGAGGUGGUGGGAGGACCCGGGUUGUCUGCAUCUUGAGCGGAGAAGUUGGCGCCAAGCUUGGGGAGUGGGGGACCGGCGAAGGCGGGAGAGGAGAGCACAGUUCCCGGUCAUGGAUAUUCGGAAGUUUUUUGGUGUCACCCCAGUUGCCAAAAAAUCAACAAAUGAGAAGGAUAAAAAAGAGAAUAUCAAAAGUCCUCAUGGAGGUCCCACACGCAAGAAGUCAAAUGACAAAAAGUUAAAAAGUCCAGUCAGUGAUGAGGAGCUGAAGAAGAAGCAGCUGAGUAACAAGAAGAAGAGGAUCAUCUAUGAUUCAGACUCAGAAGAAGACACGCCACCAGUAAAAAAAUCAAAAAGGCCCCAGGAAAUAUCGCCACCGAUUUCAAAGCCGCUAAAGGUUAAGAAACCUGACCCUGUUGACUUUGUCUCAGAUACAG